ACACGGGCGGGGCGGGCGCACCGAUCCAAUUCACCCGCGGCGGUGUGCGCUGCUCCCCAACCCCACUCCACCCCAAUCCAUCCCGUCGCCGUCCUCGCCGGUGCCGCGUCCCUUUCCUCUCCUCUGGUCCGCGUCGCCGUCCCGCGCGAGCUCCCAGCGUCUAAUCCGAGCCGGACGGUGCUAGUGCUGCUGCCACCGCUGGGGCUUGGGGUGACCCCUCCGUCGGCGUGCGAACCCGGGGGCGAUUCGGUGCGGGUACGCGGGGGUUCGUCCGUCCGGGUCCGAGGAAGCCGAGGAAUGCGGUGAGCCGGCGGGGGCGCCCGGUUGUGGAGUCUCGCUCGGAUUGGUGGCCGGUGAGCGAUCGGCGCGGGCGCCAUGGACGGCGGCGGCGGCAGCGGCGCUGCGAAUUCGGGGAAGCACGGGGCCGGGCAGGUGUGCCAGAUCUGCGGCGACGGCGUGGGCACGGCGGCGGACGGGGAGCUCUUCACCGCCUGCGACGUCUGCGGCUUCCCGGUGUGCCGCCCCUGCUACGAGUACGAGCGCAAGGACGGCACACAGGCGUGCCCGCAGUGCAAGACCAAGUACAAACGCCACAAGGGGAGCCCUCCUGUGCAUGGUGAGGAAAAUGAGGAUGUUGAUGCAGAUGAUGUGAGUGACUACAACUACCCAGCAUCUGGCAACCAGGAUCAGAAGCAGAAGAUUGCUGAGAGAAUGCUCACCUGGCGCACCAACUCACGGGGUAGUGAUGUUGGCCUUGCUAAGUACGACAGCGGUGAGAUUGGGCAUGGGAAGUAUGACAGUGGUGAGAUCCCUCGAGGAUAUAUCCCAUCACUCACUCAUAGCCAGAUCUCUGGAGAAAUUCCUGGAGCUUCCCCUGAUCAUAUGAUGUCUCCUGUUGGGAACAUUGGCAGGCGUGGACAUCAAUUUCCCUAUGUGAAUCAUUCUCCAAACCCAUCAAGGGAGUUCUCUGGUAGCCUUGGUAAUGUUGCAUGGAAAGAGAGAGUGGAUGGAUGGAAAAUGAAGGACAAGGGUGCAAUUCCUAUGACUAAUGGGACAAGCAUUGCUCCCUCAGAAGGACGUGGUGUUGGUGAUAUUGAUGCAUCUACUGACUAUAACAUGGAAGACGCUUUACUGAAUGAUGAAACUCGGCAACCUCUAUCAAGAAAAGUGCCAAUUCCUUCAUCCAGAAUAAAUCCCUACAGAAUGGUCAUCGUGCUACGUUUGAUUGUUCUAUGCAUUUUCCUGCACUACCGCAUCACAAAUCCUGUGCGCAAUGCAUAUCCACUGUGGCUGUUGUCCGUUAUAUGUGAGAUUUGGUUUGCUCUCUCCUGGAUCUUGGAUCAGUUCCCAAAGUGGUCCCCAAUCAACCGUGAAACCUACCUUGAUAGACUGGCUCUAAGGUACGACCGAGAAGGUGAACCGUCUCAGUUGGCUCCUGUUGAUAUUUUUGUCAGUACCGUGGACCCUAUGAAAGAGCCUCCUCUUGUCACUGCAAAUACUGUGCUUUCCAUUCUUGCUGUGGACUAUCCGGUUGACAAGGUAUCUUGCUAUGUGUCUGAUGAUGGAGCUGCUAUGCUGACUUUUGAUGCACUCGCUGAAACUUCAGAGUUUGCUAGAAAAUGGGUACCAUUCUGUAAGAAGUACAACAUAGAACCUAGGGCUCCAGAGUGGUACUUCGCUCAGAAAAUUGAUUACUUGAAAGACAAAGUCCAAACUUCAUUUGUUAAAGACCGCCGGGCCAUGAAGAGAGAAUAUGAAGAAUUCAAAGUCCGUAUUAAUGGCCUUGUAGCCAAGGCACAAAAAGUUCCUGAGGAGGGAUGGAUCAUGCAAGAUGGUACACCUUGGCCUGGGAACAAUACUAGGGACCAUCCUGGAAUGAUUCAGGUUUUUUUAGGUCACAGUGGAGGCCUUGAUGCUGAGGGCAAUGAACUUCCUCGUCUGGUUUACGUGUCUCGUGAAAAACGUCCUGGAUUCCAACAUCACAAAAAGGCUGGUGCCAUGAAUGCGCUUGUUCGUGUAUCAGCUGUCCUUACUAAUGGGCAAUACUUGUUGAAUCUUGAUUGUGAUCACUACAUCAACAAUAGCAAGGCUCUCCGAGAAGCUAUGUGCUUCCUUAUGGACCCAAACCUAGGAAGGAGUGUCUGUUAUGUCCAAUUCCCUCAGAGGUUCGAUGGCAUUGAUAGGAAUGACCGAUAUGCAAACAGGAACACUGUGUUUUUCGAUAUUAACUUGAGAGGUCUUGAUGGACUUCAAGGACCAGUUUAUGUGGGAACUGGUUGUGUGUUUAACAGAACUGCCCUAUAUGGUUAUGAGCCUCCAAUCAAAAAGAAAAGGCCAGGCUUCUUCUCUUCACUCUGUGGGGGAAGGAUAAAGACAUCAAAAUCUAAGAAGAAGAGCUCGGAAAAGAAGAAGUCACACAAACAUGCAGACAGUUCUGUGCCAGUAUUUAAUCUUGAAGAUAUAGAGGAAGGGAUUGAAGGUUCUCAAUUUGAUGAUGAGAAAUCGCUGAUUAUGUCUCAAAUGAGCUUGGAGAAGAGAUUUGGCCAGUCCAGUGUUUUUGUUGCCUCUACUCUGAUGGAAUAUGGUGGUGUUCCACAAUCUGCAACUCCAGAGUCUCUUCUGAAAGAAGCUAUCCAUGUCAUCAGUUGUGGCUAUGAGGACAAAACUGACUGGGGAUCUGAGAUUGGAUGGAUCUAUGGUUCUGUUACAGAAGAUAUCCUCACUGGGUUCAAGAUGCAUGCUCGAGGCUGGCGAUCGAUCUACUGCAUGCCUAAGCGACCAGCUUUCAAGGGAUCUGCUCCUAUCAACCUUUCAGAUCGUCUGAAUCAAGUGCUUCGAUGGGCUCUUGGUUCCAUUGAAAUUCUUUUCAGCAGGCAUUGUCCCAUAUGGUAUGGCUAUGGAGGACGGCUUAAAUUCCUGGAGAGAUUUGCAUAUGUGAACACCACAAUUUAUCCACUCACCUCAAUCCCACUCCUCCUGUACUGCAUAUUGCCGGCUGUUUGUCUUCUCACUGGGAAGUUCAUCAUCCCAGAGAUUAGCAACUUUGCCAGUAUUUGGUUUAUAUUGCUUUUUAUUUCUAUCUUUGCCACUGGUAUCCUUGAGAUGAGGUGGAGUGGUGUUGGCAUUGAUGAAUGGUGGAGGAAUGAGCAGUUUUGGGUUAUUGGUGGUAUUUCUGCCCAUUUAUUUGCCGUCUUCCAAGGUCUUCUGAAAGUACUUGCUGGUAUUGAUACCAGCUUCACUGUCACCUCUAAGGCCACUGAUGAAGAAGGUGAUUUUGCGGAGCUCUACAUGUUCAAGUGGACAACGCUUCUGAUCCCUCCAACCACUAUUUUGAUCAUCAACCUGGUUGGUGUGGUUGCUGGCAUUUCCUAUGCGAUCAACAGCGGCUACCAAUCAUGGGGGCCUCUCUUUGGGAAGCUCUUCUUCGCCUUCUGGGUGAUUGUCCACUUGUAUCCCUUCCUCAAGGGUCUCAUGGGGAGGCAGAACCGCACGCCCACCAUUGUUGUCGUCUGGGCCAUCCUCCUCGCAUCGAUCUUUUCCCUGCUGUGGGUUCGCAUCGAUCCAUUUACCACCCGAGUCACUGGUCCUGAUAUCGUAAAAUGUGGCAUCAACUGCUAGAAUGGUCGAACAUAAUAGGAAUGUAAUUGGCACCCAUUGUGUUGUAAGUUAUCAGCAGGUGACACUUUUUAUUAUGGUAGGAACUCUGUUGUCAGAACUUUACUUUCGUAUGCACUAAUAUGUACCUUGGAUUUGGAUAUCGAUUAUCGAUAAGUUAAUAUCACUGCCUUGUUU